ACUUAAAAAUCCAGUUGUACAGGUAUGGCAGGCUUACCGGUCUCUGGCUCUAAGCAUAAUCUUUUCAGGAAGAGUGGGUAGUUGAUUCAGUUUAAGUCAACAGCAUAGACUGUCAUUAGAACUACGUGACGAAGAAAGAAUACAAAAUCAUUUUAUCUCUGAGGAACACUUUUGGUCUUCUCUUUCUCACUCUUCUUACUUUUAUUACCUCAGGAUGAGAGCCAUAUCUGCAAUGGUUUUCCUGGCUUUAUGUGCACUGCUCAUUAUAAUUUACCAAGCUGUACAGCAGGAGCUCAACAUCCGCAACCUGAAAGCACGCAUCAUUGUUUCUGGCGAACAGGUGAAGUUGAAGGAAGAUGGCAUCAUGUCAGCUAAGACAAAAGUAGAAGAGAUGAACAAGAAGCUCAGUCCUCUGACUACACAGAGGGAUCAACUCAAAAAACAGAAGGAUGAGAUUAAGAAAGGCACUGCUGAAUCUGAAAAGGAACUAGGGACCUGCCAAGCUGACAAGGGAAAAUUGGAGAAGCAGAGCAGUGAUGCAAAAGAUGUACUUCAGAAACUAAAAGAAGGGCAAGAGGCUGAGAGGAAGAAAGCAGAGGAGGAGAUUGAGGGUCUAAAACGACAAAUUCUUGAACGAGAUUUAAAGAUCUGCAAAUACGUUGAUGUUACAGUGGAAGAGACAAAGAAAUUGUGCACAGGAACUUUGUGAAGGAACUUUAGAAACACUGUUUUCUCAGGCAGAAUGUUCUGUAUUGUGAUUUUUUUUCCGUUGUUGAAUGUUAAAUGUAUGUUAAAAAGGUAUGGACUGUGCUUCUUUAUAAACUCUGCACAAAAUAAAGUUGUAAUAAAGACUUAAAGAAAAACGA